CUGAAAAUCCCCACUUUUUUCUCUGCGAUCUUCGUUCAAUACCGUCCUUCACCGUCUCUUCCGUUGCCAUUUCCCAGUUUGCUUCAAACAUCAGAAACGCAUCUCCAACUCGCGAUCUUUACUAACAUCAUUUCAUCACGAAAUGCUUCGAUUUUUGCCUCUUUUUUUCUCCCUCUCUUCAUAAAUUAUGCUGCUUUUGCGUGUUUUGGCACGCCGUCGCGUUAUGUGUUAGAUCACUCGACGGCGAGUGGGAAAUUAUUUUCUGAUAGUGAAUCUGGGAAAGGUGAUUUGUCGGGGUAGAGUUCGUUCUGAGAUCCCAUGGCUAGGACCAGAUCGUCUACAAGCAAAUGGAGGUACUGUCAUCCAUCGUACUACCUGAAGAGACCGAAACGUUUGGCUUUUCUUCUCGUGGCAUUUGCUUGUGCUAGUUUACUAAUCUGGGACCGACAGACUCUGCUCAAAGAACAUGAGGAGGAGCUUGCGAAGUUAAAUGCAGAGGUGCUACGACUGAAAAGUCUGGUAGAAGAAUCUAACUAUAAGACAGGGAAUGGUAAUGUCAGAGCUAGUGAAGAGUCCAAGGAGGAGGAGGUUGAUGAUCCUAUUGAUGCUGAGCGGAGAGAGAAAGUCAAAGAAGCAAUGAUUCAUGCCUGGAGUUCCUAUGAGAAGUAUGCUUGGGGACAAGACGAACUGCAGCCACAAUCAAAAAAUGGUAUCAAUAGCUUUGGUGGUCUUGGAGCAACGCUAAUAGACGCUCUUGAUACAUUGUAUAUCAUGGGUCUUGAUGAGCAAUUCCAAAGAGCUAAAGAGUGGGUUGCGAGCUCAUUGGAUUUCAACAAGGAUUAUGAUGCUAGUGUUUUUGAGACAACCAUAAGAGUUGUAGGUGGACUUCUCAGUUCAUAUGAUCUCUCCGGUGACAAGAUUUUUCUUGACAAGGCUAGGGAUUUAGCAGAUAGGUUGCUUCCAGCAUGGAAUACCCCUUCAGGCAUCCCUUAUAACUUCAUAAAUUUGGCUAAUGGAAGACCUCAUAAUCCUACAUGGACUGGGGGUUCCAGUAUCCUUGCAGAUGCUGGUACUGAGCAGCUAGAGUUCAUUUCGCUAUCACAAAGGACGGGAGAUCCAAAGUAUCAGGAGAAGGUUGAGAAUGUUAUAUUACAGCUCAAUAAAAGUUUCCCCGAUGAUGGGUUGCUUCCCAUAUACAUUAAUCCAAAUGACGGAAAAGCAUCACAUGCAACCAUAACUUUUGGUGCCAUGGGUGACAGCUUUUAUGAAUACUUGCUCAAGGUAUGGAUACAGGGAAACAAAACUUCAGAUGUUAAGCUUUACAGGGAAAUGUGGGAGAAGUCAAUGAAAGGCCUUUCAACCUUGAUUAAAAGAACAACGCCAUCAUCCUUCACUUAUAUUUGUGAGAAGAAUGGAGGUGCCCUCAAUGACAAGAUGGAUGAACUGGCCUGCUUUGCUCCAGGAAUGAUAGCUUUGGGAUCUUCUGGUUAUGAUCCUGAAGAUUCUAAGAAGUAUUUAACACUUGCAGAAGAGCUUGCCUGGACGUGUUAUAAUUUCUACCAGUCCACCCCUACAAAGUUGGCUGGGGAGAAUUACUUCUUCUACUCCGGGGAGGAUAUGAGUGUUGGUACAUCUUGGAAUAUCUUGAGACCGGAGACGGUAGAAUCACUCUUUUACCUUUGGCGCCUAACUGGCAACAAGACAUACAAAGAGUGGGGUUGGAAUAUAUUUCAAGCAUUUGAAAAGAAUUCCCGGAUUGAAUCAGGUUAUGUCGGGCUGAAAGACGUGAACACAGGUGUGAAGGACAAUAUGAUGCAGAGUUUCUUCCUUGCAGAGACUUUGAAAUAUCUCUAUCUUCUCUUUGCACCACCUUCAGUCAUCCCUCUAGAUGAAUGGGUGUUCAACACAGAAGCUCACCCUCUACGAAUUAUGAGCCGAAACAAUGGAGGAGAUUUUGAAAGACCAGACAAGAAACACAAGCCAUUGAUAAAGUUGCGUGGCAGGAAGGAAGGUCGGUCCGAUUGAACACGCUGUUUUAUUGCAUUCUAAUUCUUGGUAGAGUUGAUUUUUAUAUAUAGAUGAAAACCUCAAGCAAUCUAUAUUAUAUAGUUAAUGAUAAUGAGAUCAGAGGGGCAGCUGUUGCUUCUGGGAAUAAUGCAGCUCCAACAUGCUUAGACAGAAUUUAUUUGUAUGAUAUUGUUAUACUCCUUAGAUAAAUAUUGAUAAGGGUUUUGCAUUUUUGGGCUCCAAAGAUAUUUGGUUUGUUUAUCUUGAUUCAACACCUCAUCCAUUAGGGAGGGGAUGAUAUGAGAUUUUUGCAAAUUUGAAGAAAAUGUUAGCUCUUUCUUCUUCU